UCUCAGCUGUGUUCUUUCGGCGUAAAGAAACGACUGGUAGGCUAGUCACCACUUCACAAACUAGCUGCACCCGCGCUACAGCUCGUUUAACUUACUGACCUUAUACGGUAUUUUCCUUUGAAGUGCAUCCACCCUUGGGACUGAGUUGAUUGAUUCGUUUGACUCGGCGCUAGUUAGCCUGUCUUGGUAGGACCAUGGUGUGAAGUGGCCCCAAGGAAAGAAGAACACCACAACCACUCAACCCCUCAGGUGUCCUCUUCAUCUUUCCAUGCCACAUUAAGAAGACAACACAGCGCUCCACUUGUGGAAAGAAGAGUUUUGCACCCUCUUUGUUCUACUGUUUCUUUCUCGCCAUGGGGGGUGCGGUGAGUGCCGGCGAGGACAACGAUGAUCUGAUUGACAACCUGAAGGAGGCGCAGUACAUCCGUACGGACCACGUGGAGCAGGCCUUCAGGGCCAUUGACCGCGGAGACUACUACCUGGUUGGCUACAGGGACAAUGCCUACAAGGACCUGGCGUGGAAGCAUGGCAACAUCCACCUGUCUGCCCCCUGUAUCUACUCUGAGGUGAUGGAGGCGCUAAAACUGCAGCAGGGACUGUCCUUCCUCAACCUGGGCAGUGGGACUGGGUACCUCAGCACCAUGGUGGGACUCAUCAUAGGUCCAUUUGGCGUGAACCAUGGAGUUGAGCUCCACAAGGAUGUGGUGGAAUAUGCCAAGGAGAAACUGGAUGACUUCAUCAAGAAUAGUGACAGCUUUGAUAAGUUUGAGUUCUGUGAACCCGUCUUCAUGGUGGGCAACUGUCUGGAGAUCUCGUCAGACAGUCACCAAUACGACCGUAUCUACUGUGGUGCGGGGGUGCAGAAGGAUCAUGAAAAUUACAUGAAAAUCCAGCUCAAAGUGGGGGGUAUUCUAGUGAUGCCUAUAGAGGAUCAGCUGACUCAGAUCACCAGGACUGGUCAGUGUUCCUGGGAGAGUAAGAAUAUCCUGGCCGUGUCGUUCGCUCCUCUGGUCCAGCAGAACAGAGCUGAGGGAAGCAAGCCUGAUGCGGUAGAACUGCCCCCAGUGACAGUCAGGAGCCUUCAGGACCUGUCUCGCAUCUACAUCCGCCGCACCCUCCGAGAUCUGACCAAUGAGGAGAGCCCUGACAACAGCCUGGUGCAGCGGGCGCCCCAGAAACGCAAGCGCAGGCGUUGUCGGCGGCGACGCAUUAACACUUACGUCUUUGUGGGCAACCAACUGAUCCCCCAAGCCGUGGAGAGCGAGGAGGACGAACGGAUCGAGGAGGAGCAGCACAAGGAGGAGCAGGAGGCGCAGGAGAAGGAGGAGGAGAGAGACAUUGGCAGAAUUGAGAUACUAAAGGCAGUAAAUGUACUGAGAGACAAAAUCCUGACUUUACCUCUGCCUGAAUCGCUGAAGGCCUAUCUGUUGCACUACCGAGAAAAAUGACUGACGGCACAACCUGCUGGCAUCCGUUCUAAUGGAUGCAAUGCCUGCUGAGAUGUUUUUCCUUACUUUCCUGUCUUCUUUUUUCAGUACAGAAAGAUUUAGCAUUGUUUUUCAUUUCUCUUAAAGGUGAACCUGGAAUGGAGACUGAGAGACUUCCUGGUCGUCUUGGAUAAUGUUCUAUAAUUACUAUGAUCUGGUUAAGUUUUUGUUGUCUAAUGUUUUGGAUUUGUACAUCAAAGCUUUAUUUAAAAGCCUACUGAUUGGAAAAUCAUUUUCAAAGAUUACAUUUUGAGGAUGUAGAUUUUUUCACAUGUUAAUAUUCCAGCAAAUUGUCACUAAAUGAAAUUGUAUAAAAUAAAAUAAAUGCUAACUAUAUUUGUUAAGAAUAUGAUAAUGAAAAGAUCCAUAAUUUUACUGCAACCUUUUUCUAGAAGCUUUAAAGAACUUGAUAUUACUGAAUAAAGAUUUACAAUUGCUGAAUGGAAGAAUCGGAGACAAAAAUGCAUGUACACCUAAUCUUAUUUGAAUCAAAGACUAUUAUGGAACAUUUUCUCAUGAAUCUUUGAAGGGGCAAUUCUUUCAUUGUAAUUUCCUCACACUGUUAUGUUUGAGUAGAGGGAUUUUAAUGCUGUGUGACGAUGAAAGAUCAGUGGGACUCCGACUAGAUUGGUUUGUAAUUUCUCCUAGAGACCAUUCUUAAAUCUAUCUGAAGUGUUUUUUUUUAGAAUGGUUAUAUCCUCAUAUUUUAUCUCACUUUGCUCUUAAGUAACUGACAUUAGGCUUUAUAUGAAUAGGCAUUUUAAUUUUGUGAUGAAUUUUUAUGGCCUUGAGUGCUUCGUCCGACAGACUUAUUUUCCUAUCUUUUUUGCUGUCGUGCAUAAGGGUUUAUAAUCGUCAUACCAGCGGUUAGGCUAAUGGGGAAUCUUAUUAAUGAAGAUUUUUCUAAUGGUGAAUGAAAAUGGCCGGCUCAUAAAUGUAUUUUCCCCUGGCACAGCAUCUCUAGUUCUUUAUCGUGAGGACCUUAACACUUACAGUACCUCAGAACAAACCAGAAGACCCACUAUGAACUCACAGGGGUAUCUGAGUCAUAUAGUAACAAUAAUAAUAAUCCUGUACAGUGAUAAGUGGUAUGGAUUAUUUUAAAUGUUUGUCAGCUUUGGUCCACAUGACAUCCACUCUUGAUCAUUUGGAGGUGAUGUCCUAGAUGAUCAUAAAUGUACUAUUACUUUCUAUAUGAAAAGAGCUGGUGUGUUUUUAAACCACAAAGAACGACUCGAGGCGGGUCAUGGCACAAAAACUCACAAUACGUUGUAUUGUACUGUACUUUCUAUUUGCAGCAGUGCAAAAUCACAAUGAUGGGAGAUUUUUGGAAUCCUCCUUUCUCUGUACUGUGUUAGUAUUCAACAUAACAAGCACAUUAUUCUGUUAAGUCCUAAAUCAUGAAAAGAGACUUGUCAUCCUUGGGUUGAUGUAUGUGUUUUUACUGUGGACUGGAGCAAAGUACAAAACACAUGGUAUUUGAGUCAUGUAGCUGUACGUGUAUCAAUUAUAAUUUUAUUGUGAAACUCUCAGUUUAAGAGAUGGCUUUUAAAAUGACAUUACACCCCAUCACAUCCGCUCCUUGUCAAGUGAGUCUUGUUUUAUGGCAAUGUAAAGGGGGACAUUCUGACCACAGUGACGUCUAAGAAUGAUGGGGUGCUUCUACAGUACAUUCCAUAAAUGCUUGAAAAAGAAUAACAUAUUCAAUACCCAUUGUUAGUCACAUUUGUAUUUAUAUUUGACAGUUGCAUUACAUACUUGGAAAUUCAUGACUGAUCUUGCUUUGAAAGCAUUUUAAUAUUUCAGUAGCUGAAAUGAUAGUUGUUGAUAUAUUAUUGAGGUUAAAUUUUGUGUGAACAUUACAACAGUACAGUAGCUGGUUAUGAUAUGUUUGGUUAUAAAAUAAUGUGGAUUAGGUUUGAUUUGUUUGUUGUUGUAGCGCCCUCUUGCUGUCACAAGGCACUGCGAAAUCUUCUUGUAUGUAGAUCCAAACUCCACUUGUGUUAGUUCUAUGGCUAAACAUGCAUGUGCUCAAAGCCUUCCAUCUUGUUCUGGUGUAGUGUAUACUAUUUGGGUUUAACAUGGGGUUAGUUGAUUUAUAUAUUGGUUAUUGUAUUUUGUGAAGAGGUGAUCCUGUAGACCUUUUUCCAUCAUGACUUGAGCAGUGUUCAUAUUCCCAGGAAAACGUUUGAAUUGUAAGCAAUAAUACAUACAUUACUUUAACUAUCAAAAAUAAGUAGCAGAUCCGUAUGGCUCUGAUUGGCAAAAACAACUGUAAUUUUCAUAGUCAUCAUUUUGAAUAAUCAAAUCUCUCAGAAAUGCUAAAUGACGUACACAUAAAACUGUUGAAAUCAUAUUUACAAUGGGUAAAACUGCAAAUGUAUGGUGUUGGACAUAAUUCAGGAGUCCUAUUACCUGAGAUUUUGGGUCACCCCAUGUACCAGAGGUGAUGCGUUAUCAAAUGUACAGUAAUAAAUGGUCCCCACAGUAAAGGCCCAAUUACAAACCUAUUUUAUGGUCUUGCCUUCAAUUAAUUGGUACAAGGGCGGAACUAUUGUUCUGUUUUUUUUUCUUAUUAUUGAUAUUUGAAAGUGUGCUGGCAGUUAAUUUUUUUAAUUGUGUCAGUUGUUCCCUCUGUACAUGUUUUGGCACACAAAAAAUAAAGGUCACAAUUUGC